AAAUUUAAUAAUUGCAUUCACUUUGUUUUUAUUAUUUUUUCAGUCUGUUUUUAACCUUUGUCAGGGGUGAAUCAUCUAUGAUAAAGAAAAACAUGUAUUGAAGAUACGAAAAACGUAAAUAUAACAUCACCAGGAAAACGAGUGGUUUGGCAUAUGUACUAACUGCAUCCAUUUUAUUUGGCAAAGAGUCAUGACGAUAUGUACACCAGUUUGCAUGAAAGUCACGGCUUUCGUCGUGGCAGUUAUUUUCCUGAUACUCGGAUCUUUGACUGUUGCCUACUGGGAUGGAAUGUACACAAAUAUAUUACACGAUGAAUUGAGUUUGUCCAAUACUUCUAAAGGUUAUAAUAUGUGGAAAGAGACGCCGAUCCCCAUGUACUUAAAAAUAUACCUCUACAAUUGGACUAACGCUGAAGAAGCAACCAAGGAUUGGAAAUUAAAACCAGAGUUCGAGCAGUGCGGACCAUACGUGUUUUUGGAACAUCACAAGCGUGUUAAUAUGACAUGGAAUCCUAACGACACAAUAACUUUCAUGCAGGAAAGAAGGUGGUAUUUUCAAGAGGAUCUGUCCAAUGGUACUUUGGAUGAUAAAAUAACGAAUUUGAAUGUUAUUGCGACGACAGCUGCUUAUACUGCGAGGAAUUUCCCGGCGCUCAUAAAAGAAGGCUUAAACUUCUUAUUGGGGCAAACUGAGAAAGUAGUAAUAACGAGGACAUCCGGACAAUGGAUGUUUGACGGUUUCGAUGAUAAGCUGAUCGACCUUUUGAAGAAUUUCAGUAUACCGAUCCAUAUGCCUUUUGAUAAAUUUGGCUGGUUUUAUCUGAGAAAUAAUUCGGCUACAUAUGAUGGGAGUUUUACUAUGUACACCGGCAGGGAUGACAUCGAAUUGUUAGGAAUUAUUGAGGAAUGGAAUGGGAAACCUAAGAGUCCCGCAUACCCAAGUUAUUGCGGCUUCGUUAAUGGAACGAGCGGCGAACUUUGGCCACCAGUUAAGAAGUAUAAUAAAGUGUCUGUUUUUAGUCCUGACAUCUGCAGUUCUAUUACGUUAUUUCAAUCAGAUGAUAUACCAUCAGUAGCUGGAAUAGAAGGAAAGUCUUAUGUUGGUACCGAUUACAUUUUCGAUAAUGGUACCAAAUACCCGGAGCAAGCAUGUUUCAACGGCGUACAAGUCUUUCCCAGCGGAAUUCGAGAUGUAUCCAAGUGCAAGUUUGGAGCACCAGCCUUUGUUUCUUACCCACAUUUCAAACAUGCAGACCCUUGGUACUUAAGUAAAAUCAAUGGGUUGGAUCCAAACGGUUCCGACUAUUCUUUUAAAAUGUCGCUUGAACCGAACACUGGAGUACCUCUGGAAGUUGAUGCUCAAUUCCAAAUCAAUAUUUUAGUCGAUAAGAUAACUCAUAUAGAUAUGUUUAAAAAGGCACCCAAGAUGAUGAUUCCAAUGCUAUGGUUCAAACAGACGGCAACUCUAACCGAUGAAUAUGCUAGUCAAAUCAAGUUUCUCUUAUUACUUCCACAAAUUGGAAACUACACUGCUUAUGGAAUGAUAGGCAUUGGAUGUUUUAUUGCAAUUAUUGCGAUCAUAGUAACAAUUAAGAAUGCUUGGAAGGGAAGCAAUGGGGAAGAAUCUCAGUUGCUUCCCGAAGAUAAACUGUAACAUCAUUAAACAUAACCAAUCAUACAGGCUGUGGUAUUAGUCCUUAAGAAAAAAAAUCCUAAAAUAACAUUCUUUAUUUCUAUAUAUUGUUUAUAUAAUAAUGCUUUAGUACUUAGAACACACUCAAGUUAUAACGAAUGAUUAUUAUCUUUAUAUAAUUAUUAAAAUUCUUACAUAAAACCAAA